AUGAUGAUAGUAGCAAGUGACUCCGGCACACAUUUACCGAGAGUAACACUUAUCGUCAUCCUCGUCACCGCGGUUACUGGUGAUCUGUUCUCCAAAGCAACUCGGAGUAAGGCUGAUGAAAAGAACUUAAGAAACAGUGUCUUUGAUUUCAUUAUCAUCGGCGGAGGCACUUCUGGAUGCGUACUAGCCAACAGGCUGUCAGCUGUGCCCGAAUGGAAGGUCUUACUCCUGGAAGCAGGCGAAGAGGAGAACAUAGAUUAUGACAUUCCAGGCGUACCUACGAAUGACUUUCGCCCGAUUCUGUGGAACUAUAGAACAGAACGUAAUGGAUUUUCCUGUUUGUCGCGACCCGGCGGUGCGUGUGAAGUCAGGACUGGCAAAGUGUUGGGUGGCUCGAGUGUCACCAAUGACAUGAAGUACACUCGGGGACAUAAGAUUGAUUACGAUGGUUGGCACAAUACUGGACAACUAAGAUCCUUGGAGUGGCAGUAUGACAAUUUGCUGGAACAUUUCAAGGCUUCCGAGGACAAUGGCGACUACGACGUACUAAUGAAUUCCUUCUACCAUUCUCGCGGCGGAGAAAUGCGGGUGCAAAGGUUCAAACACACCGACCGAUUCGUAGAAAUGUUUUCCAGUGCGUUUUCCGAAAUGGGCCUUCGUACUUUGGAUAUAAACACCAACAUCCCGGAAGCUGUAGUCAUUAAUCAGUUUACCAUAUUUAAUCACACCAGACAAAGUACUAACAGCGCCUUCCUAAAGCCUGUAAGGUAUAGAAAAAAUUUGGUGGUGAUUACCGGAGUCACUGUCACCAAGAUCGUCAUAAACAAGCAAGAGAAUGCAAUUGAUGGGAUUAUCUACGAAAGUGAAAGAGGAAAAGAACAUCUGGCUUAUGCUAAACGUGAAAUAAUAUUAACUGGAGGAGCUAUCAACAAUGUGAGACUGUUACAUCUUUCAGGAAUUGGACCCAAGGUUGAAUUAAAGAAACACAACAUAACUGUACUACACGACCUACCAGUUGGAUCUCACUAUCAAGACCAAGUCACUACUGGGGGUCUCGCUUUUGCUUUAAACGAUGUUCCUGCAGUCAAUGAAGAGACAAUUAUUAAGGAUUUUAAAACUUGGUUCCAGUCUCGGAGUGGACCUUUAGCGACGCGAGGUAUAAACCAGCUAUCAGCUUUCUUAAAGCUUUACGAGAAUGAUAAUAAUGCUCCUGAUGUUGAGUUUUCUUUCGAGGGAAACUUUAUCAGAAGCGAUAAAUUCCUACUUACAAACGUCAGUGUCAAUGCUAUCGAAGAAUUUAAUUUGCCGUUGCCAUACUAUAAUCUCAUUAUGGUAUAUCCUGUGCUACUUAGGCCUAAAAGUAAAGGAAAGGUUAUGUUAAAUAGGAAAAAUCCAAAAUAUGGCAGACCUGUUAUUCAAGCCAACUUCCUGAAGGAAUCGGAAGACUUGGAUAGUUUAGUCGAUAGUAUUGAUAUUGCAUUGCAGUUACUAAAUACAAAGGAACUGAAAAAAGCUGAUAUUAGGUUUGCUCCAAUAGAUUUAUUCCCAUGCGAUAAAUUGCGAAACCGAGACCAAUGGAACUGUAUAGCUAGACAUUACACGAAAGCUAUUAGUAACCCCAUUGGCACGUGUCGAAUGGGGGAAAACAGCACAACGUCCGUAGUCGAUUACCAGUUGAGAGUUCACGGUAUUGAAGGUUUAAGAAUCGUCGAUGCUUCUGUGAUGCCAACGCAUGUUCGUGGUAGUAUCUAUGCAGCGACGGUAAUGAUUGCAGAGAAAGGCGCUAAACUUAUUAAAACAGAUUGGAAAGAAAACAAUGGGCGAUACAAUAGAAGGUGA